CAAUACAUUUAGGCCCAUUAACAUUUAACAACAACGAAUAUAAUAUGUGGCGGAAAAAUAACUACCACUAACAGCUUCAGCCUCAGCUUGAGAGCUUUAUCCAUGGCGAGCUUAAGCUUCAACUCUUCCACACUAAGAACCCCAUCUUCGUUUCAAUCUCAAAAACCCAUUUCCAACUACACAAAACCCAUUAAAAUCCCAUUCACAUUCCCCUCUAAAAGUCCCAGAAGCUGGCCAAAACUGCGUCGUUUCGGGGGUUCGAGAAGCUCGGUUUCGAUAAAGGAAGAAGUGGAAAUUGAAGACGAAAAAGAAGAAGAAGAUGAUGAUGAUGAUCCAACUGUUGAGCUUUGCUAUCUCGAUCCUGAAACGAAUCCAAACAGUCUUACUGAAUGGGAGCUUGAUUUUUGCUCAAGACCCAUUCUUGAUAUAAGAGGGAAAAAGCUUUGGGAGCUUGUGGUUUGCGAUGAAUCUUUGUCUUUGCAAUUCACUAAGUAUUUUCCUAACAAUGUUAUUAAUAGUAUUACUUUGAAGGACGCCAUUGAAGGAAUCAGUGAAGAUUUGGGUAUUCCUUUACCUGAUAAAAUACGUUACUUUAGGUCACAAAUGCAGACAAUUAUAACAAAGGCUUGUAAUGAGCUUGGUAUAAAACCUGUUCCUAGUAAAAGGUGUGUAUCUCUGCUGUUAUGGUUGGAUGAAAGAUUUGAGACUGUAUAUACGCGUCAUCCCGGCUACCAGAAAGGAGCUAAGCCGCUUCUUGCAUUAGAUAACCCUUUCCCAAUGGAGCUUCCCGAUAAUCUUUUCGGGGAUAGAUGGGCUUUUGUCCAAUUACCCUUGUCAGCUGUUCGGGAGGAGAUUUUAUCGUUAGAAUCAAAACUUGUAUUUGGUUCAAGUUUAGAUUUGGAUUUGUUGGGGAUUGAAAUUGAUGACAACACAAUGAUACCUGGGCUGGCUGUUUCUUCUUCUCGAGCUAAACCGCUUGCAGCAUGGAUGAACGGUCUUGAAGUGUGCUCGAUAGAAGUAGAUGUGGCCCGAGCUUCGUUGAUUCUUUCAGUGGGAAUUUCAACAAGGUAUGUGUAUGCAACUUACAAGAAAAACCCAGUGACCACAAACGAAGCUGAAGCUUGGGAAGCAGCCAAGAAAGCUUCAGGAGGUUUGCAUUUCCUUGCCAUUCAAGAAGACUUGGAUUCAGAUGACUGUGUUGGGUUUUGGCUUCUACUGGACUUGCCUCCUCCACCUGUAUAAUAUUAAUAAUCUAAGAUUACUUGUAAAACAAGAAAAGUUUAACCACAAUCACAAUAUAUUUGUCUUCUCAUGUGUAUUAUUCUUUA